AUGUCAUUUAUCUUACGUCCAUCUUCGAGAGCCAUCUUAUGCAGCACUCAAAUCAUCAAGAGACAAGCUCAUAAAAAGGCCAAUAUCCAAGUCAAAUUGAAUCAAUUUGUGGAAGGUGUUGGUCUUCAAGAUCAAGUAGUUGCCGUCAGACCUGGAUUAAUGCGAAAUAUAUUAUAUCCUACUGGAAAAGCAUCUUACAUUGCCAAACAACAACAAGACGAGGUUAUCAAUACCAGCGUUGCAGAUGCAUUAGAAAAGAAUGCCGCCAAAGUAGAGCACCUCGCACAACUCGACUUGAAAAAGAAGGAAUUACUGGGCCAUUUAGAAGGUGUCCGUCAACUCGAAUUUAAUAGAGCAGUUGUGCCGAAUAGUGAUCACACAUUCGGAUCAGUUACGGCUGAGGAUUUGAUCAGUAAAUUAAAGGAGGAAUUUGGCUUGGAUGUAGAUAAAUCAACCAUCGAGGUCAAGUCCGAGGGUGGUCGUAUUAAAUCUUUAGGUAAACAUCAAGUGUUUGUUCAAAUUGGUCAAGAAACUGCCGAGAUCAACGUGGUUGUUCACCCAGCAGCCUAA